CCGCCCCCUCCGUGGAGUUUCCCAAAAGUCAGCGCGGCAGGUCUGGCCGCUCUAAGAUGGCGACUCCCAUGCAUCGGCUGAUAGCCCGGAGACAAGCUGAAGCCAAUAAGCAGCAUGUAAGGUGUCAGAAAUGCUUGGAAUUUGGACACUGGACUUAUGAAUGCACUGGAAAAAGAAAAUACCUACAUAGGCCAUCAAGAACAGCAGAACUAAAGAAAGCUUUAAAAGAAAAGGAAAACAGAUUAUUAUUACAGCAAAGCAUUGGAGAGACUAAUGUAGAAAGAAAGACCAAGAAAAAAAGGUCCAAGAGUGUAACCAGUUCCAGUAGCGACAGCAGUGACAGUUCGGCCAGUGACUCUUCGUCGGGGAGUGGAGACACAUCUACCUCCUCAGCGGGGGAGGAGGACAGUGACUCUGACGGGAGCUCCUCCAGCGCGUCAUCCUCUGCCUCCUCCACAACCUCCUCCUCCUCGUCCUCCUCGGACUCGGACUCGGACUCGGACUCCAGCUCUCCCAGCAGCAGCAGCAGCACGGAGAGCACCUCUGAGGACGAGCCACCGAAGAAGAAGAAGAAGAAGUAGAAUUUCCCACCCACAUCGGACCCGUGAACCGAAAACGCAGUCGUGAUAAAGCCAAAUAGAUUAAUCGUUCAAAACUUGUAGAGUUCAAAAGUUUCUAAGUGUUUUACAUUGUAAGAGCAUAAAGGUAACAAUGAGUUAUAUGUAUGAACAAUUUUUAUUUUGGAGGUGAAUCUUGUUUUUCUUUUUUUAAUCUUUAAAAUGUAGCUCUAGA